AUGAUCUCCUACCUCAAAUUUUUUUUGGCUCUAAUAGUAUACUCUAAAUAUACAAGAGGACAAGAGUUUAUACCGCCUGCGGCAGGAAAUGAAACCACUUCUUUGAGUAUUCUGAUAUCCAGCUCUCAUGAAGAAUCAUUGCAAUCCUUUUCAUCGUCCAUAUCUACCCCAACAGCUUUACUACCUUCGAUUUCCUCUUUAUCAGUGAUUGAAUCUGUUACAACUUCUCACGAAGAAAGUUUUGUUGCUCCAUCAUCGACUUACAUACGAAGUUCGAAUACCGUGAUAAGCUCAUCUGCAAGCACAUCACAACUUUCUUCAUUCAUUUCUCCAUUGCAGUCAAGUUCAAUCCCAAGUUCGACAAGUUUAGCUUCAGCUUCAUUUUUCUCACUGUAUUCGUCCAGUUCACUUGUCGUUAGCUCUUCAAUUAGAUCAUUCACGCAGACUUCGAGAAUAACAUCUUCAUCUAGCUUUUCUUUGUCACCUGCUACAUCCAGUAUAAUAUCAUCAACAGCUUCUUCACUUCCACGAUUAUCUAGUAGAUCCCCUAGUACAUCUUCAUCAAGAACCUCGUCUUCGUCGUCGUCAUCAUCAUCAUCAUCAUCAUCACCAUCAUCGCUAUCUUCUUCUUCAUCAUCAUCGUUAAUCUCAACAACAACUUCAUCAUCAUCUUCAUCAUCCAAUCCACGAAGUUCAUCAUAUAAUCCACAGCUAACUGUGACAAGUAUCAUACAUGGAAAAACGGUGCUAUCCAACCUCUACACCACUGUGACCUACAUGCCACCAGAUGGUUCAACAAAUAAAAAUAAAACUACCUCUGGUUUAAGUAAGAAGAACAGAAAUAUUGUCAUUGGUUGUUGUGUAGGGAUUGGUGUUCCCUUACUGUUAUUGAUUCUUCUAUUCUUAUACCAUUAUUGCAUCAAACCUAAACAAACAAAUUUUAUUGAUUCCGAUGGGAAAGUCAUCACAGCAUACAAAACGAACAAUCUCCAGAGGUUUUUCAAUUCACUCAUUGGUAAAAACAAAAAUACAGAACAGUACCAAACUAAAUCACCAUUAGGGAAUACGAUAGUGACAUCAAUGAAUAAUAACAAAAUCCAAAAUAACGAUGUGACAGCAAAUACAAAUGAUGGCGAUUACAUGGUAACUAAUGGUGGCUAUAACUUUGACAAUGACGACUUAAUAAUACAACGUAAUUUACGAAACGAUUCUGGAUCGAUAUUUACAACAACGGGCGAAUCAGAUGCUAUUUCAAGCAAUUUAUCCAACCACGAUUCGCAUAUUAGUCUCGAUACAAAUGAUAUCGGACAACAACAAAGUGUGUUUGGAUCACAAUUUGUAGAAGAUUUUAACGAUCAUGUUAGACCGAACACUGGCUUGAAUAUUGCAAACCCGUAG